CAGGAUGUGCCAGCGCAGUCAGGGGCUGCUGCAAUGGUGCGUGGGACCUCGCAAACAGCUGGAUUUGGGAUUGUUAAUGCUUUAUAAAGGUGUCCCAGACUCCAUCUAGCAACUAGCUGGAGACAUUGGCUGCCCUUUGGGGCUUGCUGACUGCUUUUGAUUUUCCUCUCCUUCCUGGUUUCACACUCAUCUGGGUCGGCGGCGUUUGCGCCAGGGGAAGGGACUUCCCUGGCCAGGAGGAUUUUGCUGCGUGGAAAGUGCAGGUGUGAGCUCUGGAGGGGACUGCAGUCUGACCAGCCAUGGCUCAAGCAGCUAAGCAGCUGAAGAAAAUCAAAGACAUCGAGGCUCAGGCUCUGCAGGAGCAGAAGGAGAAGGAGGAAUCCAACCGCAAGCGCAGGAACCGCUCCCGGGACCGGAAGAAAAAGGCCGAUGCUGCAACCAGUUUCUUGAGAGCUGCAAGAUCCGGGAAUCUGGACAAAGCCUUGGAUCACCUCAGGAAUGGGGUAGAUAUUAACACCUGUAACCAGAACGGGCUCAAUGCCUUGCACUUGGCCUCCAAGGAGGGCCACGUGAAAAUGGUGGUGGAGCUGCUGCACAAGGAGAUUGUUUUGGAGACAACGACCAAGAAGGGGAACACAGCCCUGCACAUCGCUGCCUUGGCUGGACAACAGGACGUGGUCCGGGAGCUGGUGAACUAUGGGGCCAACGUCAACGCACAGUCACAGAAAGGCUUCACACCUCUCUACAUGGCAGCGCAGGAGAACCACCUGGAAGUUGUGAAGUUCUUGCUGGAAAACGGAGCCAACCAGAAUGUAGCCACAGAGGACGGCUUCACGCCACUGGCUGUGGCUCUGCAGCAAGGCCACGAGAACGUGGUCGCUCACCUCAUUAACUACGGGACGAAGGGGAAGGUCCGCCUGCCCGCCCUGCACAUCGCAGCCCGCAACGACGACACCCGCACGGCGGCUGUGCUGCUGCAGAACGACCCCAACGCCGACGUGCUCUCCAAGACUGGAUUCACCCCCUUGCACAUUGCAGCCCACUACGAGAACCUGAGCGUGGCCCAGUUACUGCUGAACCGCGGAGCCAGCGUCAACUUCACCCCCCAGAACGGGAUCACUCCCCUGCACAUUGCCUCCCGCCGGGGCAACAUCAUCAUGGUGCGGCUGCUGCUGGACCGCGGGGCCCAGAUCGAGACGAGGACCAAGGAUGAGCUGACCCCUCUGCACUGUGCAGCACGCAACGGGCACGUGAGAAUUGCAGAGAUCCUCCUGGACCACGGGGCUCCCAUUCAAGCCAAAACUAAGAACGGGCUGUCCCCGAUGCACAUGGCAGCGCAGGGCGACCACCUGGACUGCGUGCGGCUGCUGCUGCAGUACAGCGCCGACAUCGACGACAUCACCCUCGACCACCUGACGCCGCUGCACGUGGCUGCCCACUGCGGCCACCACCGCGUGGCCAAGCUGCUGGUGGAGAAGGGGGCCAAGCCCAACUCCAGAGCCCUGAAUGGCUUCACGCCCCUCCACAUCGCCUGCAAGAAGAACCACAUCCGUGUGAUGGAGCUGCUGCUGAAGACGGGCGCCUCCAUUGAUGCUGUCACAGAGUCUGGCCUGACCCCCCUGCAUGUGGCUGCCUUCAUGGGGCACCUGCCCAUUGUCAAGACCCUGCUGCAGCGUGGAGCCUCUCCUAACGUGUCCAACGUGAAAGUGGAGACACCCCUACACAUGGCAGCCAGAGCUGGGCACACGGAUGUGGCAAAGUACCUGCUGCAGAACAAAGCCAAGGCCAAUGCCAAGGCCAAGGACGACCAGACCCCCCUGCACUGUGCUGCCCGCAUCGGCCACACCGGCAUGGUCAGACUGCUGCUGGACAACAAUGCCAACCCCAACCUGGCCACCACGGCAGGGCACACGCCCCUGCACAUCACUGCCAGGGAGGGGCACAUGGACACGGCCCUGGCCCUGCUGGAGAAGGGGGCCUUGCAGACCUGCAUGACCAAGAAAGGAUUUACCCCUCUCCACGUUGCAGCCAAGUAUGGGAAGGUGGAUGUGGCAGAAUUGCUGCUGGCACACGAUGCUCACCCCAAUGCAGCAGGGAAGAAUGGCCUGACCCCGCUGCAUGUGGCUGUGCACCACAACAACCUGGAGAUUGUCAAACUGCUGCUUCCCAAGGGGAGCUCCCCACACAACUCAGCCUGGAACGGGUACACCCCCCUGCACAUCGCUGCCAAGCAGAACCAGCUGGAGGUGGCCAGCAGCCUGCUGCAGUACGGGGCCUCUGCGAACGCCGAGUCCGUGCAGGGAGUCACCCCCCUGCACCUGGCAGCCCAGGAGGGGCACGCAGACAUGGUGGCCCUGCUUUUCUCCAAGCAAGCCAAUGGCGACCUCGGCAACAAGAGUGGCCUGACUCCUCUCCAUCUCGUGGCCCAAGAGGGGCAUGUGCUGGUCGCUGAUGUUCUGGUGAAACAUGGAGUGACAGUGGAUGCAACAACCAGGAUGGGCUACACCCCACUGCAUGUGGCCAGCCACUAUGGAAACAUCAAGCUGGUGAAGUUUUUGCUGCAACACCAAGCUGAUGUCAAUGCCAAGACUAAGCUGGGCUACACCCCCCUGCACCAGGCGGCACAGCAGGGCCACACGGACGUGGUGACGCUGCUGCUGAAGCACGGAGCCUCUCCCAACGAGAUCAGCACGAACGGCACCACUCCCCUGGCCAUCGCCAAGCGCCUCGGCUACAUUUCCGUCACGGACGUGCUCAAGAUCGUCACAGAGGAGACUGACAUCCCGCCAGUUGGCGACAAGCACCGCAUGAGCUUCCCGGAGACUGUGGAUGAGAUUCUGGACGUAUCAGAGGAUGAAGGCACUGCUCAUGUCACAGUAAUGGAGGAGGAGCUGAUGGCACCAAAACCCAGGACAGCUGAUCUCAGGGACCAGGAAGGCAAGAAGGAGAUACUGGAGUUCAUGACCACGACGACACUGGAGCAAACGGUGGAGUCUCCAGCUGUCCUUCAGGUCCCCUGUGUCCCACCUGAGACUGUGGUGACCAGAGCAGAGGAGACUGAGCAGGUAGGACCUGUGGAGACAGAAGCUGAGCAAGUCAGCCUGCUGCAUGCACCCUCGGUCCCUGCCACUGAGACCUCGACAACAUCAAGCCCUGUGGCAGCCCCGUGCACACAAGGGUUCCUGGUGAGCUUCAUGGUGGACGCCCGUGGUGGGUCCAUGCGGGGCAGCCGCCACCACGGCCUGCGCGUGGUCAUCCCGCCCCGCGCCUGCGCCGCGCCCACCCGCAUCACCUGCCGCCUGGUGAAGCCCCAGAAGCUGCCUGCACCCCCGCCACUGGCCGAGGAGGAGGGCCUGGCCAGCAGGAUCAUCGCCCUGGGGCCUGCUGGUGCCCAGUUUCUCAGCCCCGUCAUUGUGGAGAUCCCACACUUUGCCUCGUACGGGCGCGGGGACCGUGAGCUGGUGGUGCUGCGCAGCGAGAACGGCUCCGUGUGGAAGGAGCACCGCAACCGCUACGAGGAGAGCUACAUGGACCAGCUGCUCAACGGCAUGGACGAGGAGCUGGAGAGCCAGGAGGAGCUGGAUAAGAAGAGGGUCUGCCGCAUCAUCACCACUGACUUCCCUCUCUACUUUGUGGUCAUGUCCCGGAUUUGCCAGGACUGCGAUAUGAUCGGCCCUGAGGGAGGGUGUUUGAAAAGCACGCUGGUGCCCAUGGUACAGGCCACCUUCCCAGACACUGCUGUCACCAAGAGAGUGAGACUGGCCCUGCAGGCACAGCCUGUGCCUGACGAGUUGGUGACCAAGCUGCUGGGGAACCAAGCGACCUUCAGCCCCAUUGUCACGGUGGAGCCACGACGGAGGAAAUUCCACCGCCCCAUUGGGCUCCGCAUCCCGCUGCCACCGUCCUGGAAGGACAAUCCGAGGGACAGCGGUGAGGGUGACACCACCAGCCUGCGCCUGCUCUGCAGCGUCAUCGGAGGGACAGCCCAAGCCCAGUGGGAAGACAUAACAGGCACCACGAAGCUGGUCUAUGAAAAUGAGUGUGCUAACUUUACCACCAAUGUGUCUGCCAGGUUCUGGCUGGCUGACUGCCCACGCACGGCCGAGGCCGUGCACUUUGCCACCAUGCUGUACAAGGAGCUGACAGCCGUGCCCUACAUGGCCAAAUUCGUGGUGUUUGCCAAGAUGAACGAUGCACGGGAAGGCCGCCUGCGCUGCUACUGCAUGACUGAUGACAAGGUUGACAAGACCUUAGAGCAGCACGAGAACUUCACCGAGGUGGCCCGCAGCAGGGACAUUGAGGUGGUAGAGGGGAUGCCUUUGCACGUCGAACUCUCAGGGAACCUGGUGCCUGUCAAGAAGGCCACCCAGCCCCGCACCUUCCUCUUCCAGUCCUUCCGGGAGAAUCGUCUUGCCAUCCCCAUCAAGGUCCGGGACAGCAGCCGGGAAGCCAGCGGCUCCCUGUCCUUCCUGCGCAAAGCCAUGAAAUAUGAGGACCUCCAGCAUGUGCUCUGCCACCUGAACAUCAGCAUACCACCCUGCACCAAGGGCAGCGGCAGCGAGGAGCGGAGGAGGACCCUGACACCAUUGUCCCUGCGGGAGCGGUACAGCAUCCUCAGUGAGACCAGUUUUGGCUCUCUGAGCAGCACGGACAAGGCAGACCAGAAGAUGGUUGACAUAGCAGAACAGCUGGGCCUCAGCUGGGCUGAGCUGGCACGUGAGCUGCAGUUUGGAGUGGAAGACAUCAACAGGAUACGUGUGGAGAACCCCAACUCCCUUCUGGAGCAGAGCAUAGCCUUACUGAACCUCUGGGUCAGCCGAGAGGGCAAGAAUGUCAAGAUGGAGAACCUGUACACGGCGCUGAGGAACAUCGACCGCGGCGAGAUCGUCAGCGCGCUGGAGGGCUCCGGCCGGCAGAGCCGCAGCCUGAAGGGCGGCUGGCGCUGCACGGACAGAGAAUACUCCCUCUCACCAUCCCAGAUGAAUGGUUACGCUUCGCUGCAGGACGAGCUGCUGUCCCCCGCCUCCCUGCAUUACACUCUGCCGUCCCCGCUGCGGGCCGACCAGUACUGGAAUGAGGUGGCCAUCAUGGAUGCUAUCCCAAUGGCUGCCACUGAGCAGGACGCCCUGAUGGAGAUGUCCGACAUGCAGGUGUGGUCCUCGGGGCUCACCCCCUCGCUGGUGACGGCUGAGGACUCCUCUCUGGAGUGCAGCAAGGCUGAGGACUCGGACGCCACGAGCGAAGGCCGCUUCACGGGGCAGCUUCUAGCAGAUGUGCAUGGCCCAGACCACAUGGGCUCUAUGGACCUGGUUGAGGAUGACACAGUGGACUCAGAUGCCAUGAAUGGCCUGAUUGACCUUCUAGAGCAGGAGGAAGGGCAGAGGCCAGAGGGGAAGAUGCCAGCCGGUGAUCAUCAGCCAGGGACUGGGGAGCAGGACCCGGAGAGUGAAGUCUCUUUUGUUUCAGUUCAGCAGAAGGUGCAAGCCAGGAUCACGACAUCACCCACUAUUAGACAUGCUGUGGAGAAGAGUGCAGAGAGGCUGAGGGACUGGAAUGCAGAAGGCUCCUUUAUCUCCUGCCUACAGGACCUGACAGCGGGCUCCUGGCAGGAGGGGGUCACCCGAAGGCUGCUCCCAACGCACACCACGGCCUCCGAGGCACAGGGCCAGGAGCAAGAGCAGGUCCUGGUGCCAGCCGUGGAGCUGAUGCGGAUCAGCUCUGCAGAGGACAGCGACUGGCAGCCUCAGCACCCCACGGGCGGCUGGCAGGAGGAGGCCCACAGCCGCUUCUUUGGGCAGGGGAACGAAGUCCUUCAUCUCCCUGGAGAGCAGGUGACCGAGGAGCAGUUCACAGAUGAUCAAGGCAAUAUAGUCACCAAGAAGAUUAUCCGGAAGGUGGUGCGUCAGCUGGGCCCUGGUGACAUGGGUGACAGGCAGGAACAGGAGGAGCUGAUUCUGGAGGGCUCCCUGCGGGAGCCCCAAGACCUGGAGGCUGAGGAUGAUCACUUCAUGAAAUACUCCUUCUUGCACCGGGAUGGUCUGGGGGCCAAGGAGGAGGUGCGAGUGCGUGUCCCGAAACCAGAGGUCUCCGGGGGCAGGAUGGGGGCUCAGAUAGUGAAACGAGCCAGCCUGAAAAGGGGGAAGCAGUGACCCCUCAAAUGGCCUCUUUUGAGGAUCGCACCUCAACACCAAACCACUGAACUCCACACACGUUCUGACACAUACCUGAGAAGAGAGGAGAGGAGAGCAGAGAGUGGAGGGGAGCAGGGCUGGCUGUACAUGUUUCUAUAGGCUAAUGGCAUGAUUUCUGUAUGAGACAUACUUACCGUCCUAUCCGCAUGACUGACUGACUGCAAGACGCAUGAGCUACAGUACUUCAAACUGACGGGGCCUCCGUCCCUGCCCCGCUGCUGCCAGGAGCCCAGGGACAGCAGCACACACCAGGGGCACCAUCUCAGCUCCUCUGCGAGGCAAGAGCUGGACUAGAAGACAGCGAGGGGGAAGGAGAUUCCACCCUCGUGUGAUUGCGUGUGUAGAUGCAUCCCCCCGUCCGUGCUCCGGCUGCAGGAGGGAAGCUGGGGCAGCAUGGCACUGCUCACCACGGGAGGAGAGGUGCUUGGCCCCCCCAGUGCCUCUGCUGCCUCUGCUGGACUCGCUUCUCAUCCCUCUCAGUGAGUGCUGGGUUUUGGGGAGGGCAGCAGUGGCAGGGGGUGUGAGGGGAGGCUGCAGGGCUGCCCUGGGCAGAGGGACGAGUGCAGGGCUGCCCUUCCUCUCCCCAGCACGUGCAACGUCUCCUGCCAGGGCAGGGCUCUGGGCUGAGCACUGAGCUCGUUACUUGUGUUGAAAGUGUGAACUGUACAGCAAUCAGCCUUGUGUAUAUGAACCGAUAAAUACUAUGCAAACCCCUAGGGACACUCUAGCAGUAUGUACAAAGCACUAACAGCUCUGCUCCCAAAUACCUCUUCAGGCUGCAGGACAGGCAAAACCUCUGGAGUGUGUGAGCAGCUCUGGUGAAUGGAGCAGGGAGGCUACAGCAGUGAGAGGGUCUGCCCCUGCCCUGUGCUCCUCUGCCUGAGCCUGGCCCCUUCCUGGCCUGAAGAGGGGGGCCUAGAGGUGCAGUCCCGUGGGUCUGUCCGUGGUGCAGCCCCAGUUUGUGUUGGUUCCAGCUGGGUUGAAGCUGUCGGCCUGUGUUGAGGUGCUUGGGGCCCAUGGAGGAUGAGUAGUGAGACAGAGCAGGGGGUGCUUGUGCCACGCAUGGGGUCGUGCCUAGCUCUACUCAGCACAAUAUCUGCUCAGGAGAUGAGCCAGGAGCUGGCAGGAGCCAGCAGCCCUGCACUACGCACCCCAGGCAAGGGCUCUGCAGGGACCCUGGCCUACCUGCAAGGGAGGAUAUAGCCCAGUGACCCCUGGAUGCUGACCCUCCCGGGACCAAUCCCAGAGACAUGGGGGCUGCUGCCCCAGUAGCAGCAUUUUGGCCAAGGGGAAGGUGCUGUGGCAGCAGCCCGAGCCCAGAGGUCACCCUGGGGCCGGGGCAGCUGCUCUGGCAGGAGAGCAGCACUGGGCAGAGCUGCCCAGGUAGCUUGGGGGUGGGCAAUGGAUUGAACCUGUUGCAAAACUGACCCCAGGAGUGCAGGAUGCAAGUGGUGGCAGUAGGUCCCAGGUCCCCAACCCUGUCCUUUACCUGACUGACGUGGGGGCCUGGCCUUUGUAGCACAGUGGUAUGGAGACCCCCUGCUCUUUCCCCUGGAGGUGGCCAUGGCCCUGCUUUGCAGAGUCUGAGCUUGCUCUCUAUGGCCACGUGCAGAACGAGCCCACCUCCAGCUUCAGGCCAUGUGAUGGUGGCCUCGGCAGGGCAGCCCUGCCUCGCAGUGGGUGCACAUCUGCUGGGAGAGCCCCUGGCUGCCCUGCAGCCACGAAGAAGCCUCACUGCAGCAAAGCAACUGACCCAGCUUAGCCUUGGAGAGCAAAGCAGCCCCUUCCCCACCCCAAAGUUGAGCCAUAUAGGCACAGUCUCUCCAUCCAUCACCCUCGCUGCGUACAGUAACCUCCCUAGACCCACUGCGACAGCUGACUCCGUAGCAUCACCAUAGAGUUGUGUGUGGGUCCAGUGCUUUGGCCUUGUGUAUGCCGUAGGGAAUGUGCUGUGCUGAACCGUGCCAGGCACCUGCAGUGACAUUGCUUCGCGCUCAGAUUGCUUGUAGGGCUGGUAGGGGGAGGCUGCACCCAACAUUGAGCCUAGAGAAUGCUGCAGUCUGCACACUAGAAGCUUUUUAGAGUUUUAAAAAUUACUUUUAUUUUCUUUUUUUAAUUGUUAUGAAAACAAGCCUUUUGGAUCUCCCUGUCUUAGCCCCUGAUGUAUAGAUCAUUUCCCUGUACACCAGCUAUCGGACUAUGAAUUAAUAAAGAAACCAACACAGA